ACAGGCGGAGGCGGGAAGAGUUUCUGAGCUGGGACCAGGGAGCAACGGGGCGAGGCGGCGGGCGGGGGCUCCUCCUUCCAUCGCGAAGCUUAAGGGUGCUGCUGCUGCUUCUAUUCCCCCAUCGCAUAGGGAGCAGGGGACUCGAGGGAGGGGAGCAGCCCCCAUAUCACCCUGUUGGGAGUAGGGAAGGGUUUGGGACUCGCCCCAGGAAGAGCUGAGGGAGGAGGGCAGCGUGGCUCGCUCUGGGAGCCCCGCGUAAAUAGCAAGCACAACAUGGCGGCCCGGCAGUGACUGGGCAGCUGCACUUCCUCGCCCUUGGAGCGGGGUUUUCCCCCGACAUGCAGCCAGCAUUCGAUGUCCGAAUCUGGUGACUAAACCCUUGCAUUUAGGCGAUUUCUAUAGUAGUUGGAUACUGCAACCUUUAGAGAGGACCUGAGUGGGGAGAUCUCGUGGAGAGCUGGGUUUUUCUUGGGGGGUGGUCUAAAAGCAAAAUAAGGUUAAGUUUCUAGAACGCAAAUUGUUCGCCACUGAAGAGCUAAGUAUAGUGACCUGUAAGUAUAAGUUAAGGCUAUUUCCCCAGUGCGGUCCCUGUGAGAGAUUAAUUGAGGGGUGGAGGCUCCCUUAUAUCGUAGAAAAGUUUGUGGGUGAAAGGUGAUCAUCUCUUUCGGUUAGAGAAGUGUGUGUGGUGGUGCUGGGGGUUGUUUUGCUCUGCCUCGCUAGAGAAAAUUCUGUGGGCUUAGGGUAAUCUGUUUGGAUUUCAGGUGAACUGUGCCCCGAGUAGCACUAGUGUUGUGUGCAUAUUUAAUUUAUUUUGGCCAGAGAAGUUUAUUAGUUGAGGAUGUGGUAGAAGAAAUUCUCCCUGACUGUAGAAACUACAGCAGCCUGUAGGAUCCUAACAUGGCGUCUGAAAGGCACAUGAUAUAAAAAGGGAAAGAGGAGGCUCCCUCUGAGCCCAGCCCAGGCAGUUGCUGACAUCAGUCAGCCACUGUACAUGCAUGGGGGUUUGCAGCACCUUUUUAGCGAGCAUUUUAGAAGAAAAGGGUUCUUCUUUCAAUCCACCCCCCCCCACCCCGUAUUCGUGCCAGCCACCCCUCCCCCGUUGUUUCCCUUGCUCCCUCUGAUCUCAGGUGUUAAAAGGCUUUUUUUUUUUUUUUCUUUGGCUUUAAUCGUGGUUUAUAAUGGUGAGAAUUGUACUAUCUAAUCAUGGGGCUGGGAAACAUCUUUUAAGAUACUUAAUCUAUCUUUCUAUCAAUGCAGGAUGUCUUUUUAGUGUGCCACAGACUUCUUCCAGUCUAGUUUUAAAUGCUGCCAGUGGCUGAGUUUUGCCAUUCCUUGGGGAGGUGACCUCAUAAUCUAAUAGCUCUCACCAUUAUAUCUCCUAAAGGGCAGUGGAUGUGUAUAAAAUGGUUUGUGAUUAAUAACAAUGCUGUCAUUUUUUUUUUUUUUCAUUUCUGGGUGAUUUAGAACCUGCCCUGAAGUAUGGGGUUUUUUUAAAAGAUGUCUUAAAACCUGUAUCAAUGGUUAGUUCUGCCUAGUUACUGUUUAUGACUGUAGUUUAUUCAAGGCAAGUUUUUAGUUGUUUCUGGGAAAGUGAUCUCCUUUACUAAGCCACUUUUAAAAAGUGUUGCCUGGAGACAGUUUGUUUAGUGUAAAAAUUGAGUGGUCUGCUUUACAAUUUAAUAAAUGGUUCUGAAAUGUGUGACUGGUAUUAUAAAGUUUGUAAAUAAAAAGUGUGAAAUAUGUAUUUGUCUUUUUAUUUACCAUUGUAUAGAGCAGAAUUUGUUUCCAAGACCCAUUUUGUAUACAAAGUUGCUUUUUUUUUUUUAACAAAAUUUUUCACAAGUUUGUGACUUGGGGUUGAAAUGCCAGAUUUUAUUUUAAACUUGAAAUCUUAUAGGAAACUAAUAAAAAAGAGCCACACAUUUCCAACAAUAGCUUUCCUACGUUUUUUGAAGGAAGAGCGGGAGUUUUGUAAAGAAGUCUUUAAUAUCAUGCUGAUGAGCUCAGAGUUAGUGUUCUUCUGCGUUCCGGUGAUUAUACGGUGCCUCCCUGCCUUUUGAUUAGUGUCGUGCGGGCAUCUUUCUUGCUUGGGGGUGUUCAGAGACCUCCUGAAAACAAAAUGCAUUCCGAUGUGGGAUUCCCUUUUGUGGUUAUUGAAAUACGUGCUAGAUGCCUUGACAUAAUAAACACUUCCAGAAGAGAAGAUUUAAAUAUUCCGACCAUAUUUAAGUCACGUUUCUUAAAAUGCGACACCUGAAUAGCUUAUGUUUGAAGUAGGGUAUACUGCUGAGCUGCUAAUUGUGCUCCAUAGUUGGAUGUUGGCUUCCUUACCUAGAUGAUGGUGUUUCCGUGUGUGAUUGCUGUAACAGUCUGAUGCAUGAUGAAAGGGACAGUUAAACUUUUUUCAGUGCUUUUGCUACUAAUGGUUCCCCAGCUCAAAUUUCCAGCUUAGCAGAGUGUAGUGAGCUACUUUCCUGCAUUGGUGAAAUGGAAGAAUUCAACUUGGGGAGUAGCUCUUGGGCAUAGGUACUUCUGGGACAGCUCUUUGUGUGUCUAACACAGCUGACUAAAAGUCAGAAAUGGUGCACUGUCAUUUUGUUACAAAGGAAGGUGCUCAGAACUGGAGUGUUUUUAAUGUGCCAUUGUGCAGACUGCUUCAAAGAAGCCAGUAUUCCACAUUCAUUUUAAAUAGCUGCAGAUCCACAGUCUUCUGACUGAGACUUAAGUGAUGCUUUUUUCUAACACGCACAUUAGCUUGUUUACAGCUCAGUAUUACGUCACAGCAUGAAAUUGGCUUCUAAUGUGCUGCAAUCAGUUUUAGCUAACGUAGCUGGGUUUUUGUCUUUUUAUGUACAAACUGCAUCACCUGCCUUUUUCUACUUUUUUCCAAUAUGUUCCAAGGCAAUGACACCCCCCUCUACCCUCCUGCCCCAACUAACACGGAGUUCUGCCCUCUUCAAUAAUAAGUUUCAGGUCAUGGCAAAUUAGUACACUUCUAAGGGUGAGGAAGUCCCAUUGCCCAUGUUAAAAUACUUUUGAGUGGGUGCCCUUCUGUGAACCACCUUAAAGGGGAAGGAAUUGAAUUUAAAAUGGUGAAGCAGUAGCCCUUCACACACUUGUCUGGAUAAUAGGCCUGCCAAGUAAGGUGUCCUUAAUGAAUCUAGUAGCCUAUUCUGUUUAAAAUGAACAGUGAGUGAAGUUGUUCUGCUUUUAUCCCGAGCUUACUAGAUGGUGAAUGGAACUUAAAGUAUUACAAGUGGAUGCUCUUCAAGGGGUUCAUGGUCAACACACACUGCCUGUGUUGUCUUUCAUGUCCUCUUCAACAAGUCUGUGUACUUGCUGAUGUUUUUUGGAACUUUGCUGUGCCUUCUGCUUUGUGAAAGCUACUGGCAGGCAUUAAAAUCACUUUUACUGGUCCAGUACUGCUUUCUGUAAAUUGGAAGUUGCUAUAGCGGUCCAGGGUCACCACACUUUUAUUGCAUAAACUUGGUAUGAGUUUUGAAAAAGGAUUUUAAAAAAACCCAACCAAAACCAAACAAAAAAAAAAAAAACUCCGGUAGCAAAACUGUGUCCAGAGUUUGAAGACAACCUUCUAUGAAAAUGGUCGUUGCAGUUCCUGAGCUUGUCUGUGCAUUUAUCCAGUCCACCAGAUGAUUGAGUUUUGACUGGAUUUUGAACUCUAUUCUGACUGUUUUUGCAUGUACUCUGGAAAUCAGAACUGUUACCAUCUGCAAGUGCCAAGAGAGAAUGGGACUCUCUGCUAUAUCCAGUUGGAUUACAGUGAAAUAAUUGCAACCUUUUCUACAUGUAAUUUACGAAAAACUGUGAUAAUCAACAUAUAAUUUACAGCUACGGAAGUUCACUGACUUGGGCUAUUUGCCAGAAGUCUGAUUUGUGUUCUGUGAAAUCCAGAAAAAUCCAUCCAGGAGGUUUGAAUUAUAAACGAUUUUUAGAAGUUCCUUGAAGUGCUGACAAUGGUUUCCUGCUAAGUUGCUUCCUCAGGGAAAAGGUUACACUCGGCUCCUGCAUCAGAGAAGCUACCCGUUAUGUACCUAAUGGAUUCCAUUGUCAAGAAUGUGGGAAGAGAGUAUCUCACAGCAUUUACUAAAAACCUAGUUGCAACAUUUAUUUGUGUAUUUGAAAAGGUGGAUGAAAAUACUAGGAAAAGUUUAUUUAAAUUACGCUCCACAUGGGAUGAUAUUUUUCCUUUGAAGAAACUAUAUGCACUUGAUGUCAGAGUCAACUCAUUAGAUCCUGCCUGGCCAAUUAAACCUCUGCCCCCAAAUGUGAAUACUUCUAGCAUCCAUGUGAAUCCUAAGUUUUUAAAUAAAUCGCCAGAGGAAUCUAAUGCACCUACCUCUGCUGUCACUUCUGGUGCCUCUACUCCUCCAGCUGUUCCUGAAAUACAAAAGAAUUUGACACAGGAGCAACUGAUAAGGCAGCAAUUGCUUGCAAAGCAAAAACAGUUGUUAGAACUUCAGCAAAAAAAGCUAGAGCUGGAGCUGGAACAGACUAAAGCACAGUUGGCUGUAUCUCUCAGUGUUCAGCAGGGAUCAUCUAGUAUAGCUUCAGUUCCAGCACCUUCCAAGCAACACAUGUCUCCCACACCUCAUAUGACAGUUAAACCACCUCAUCAAACUGCUGUGCAAUCUGAAAAAAACAAACCAUCCCCAAGUCCUCCACUUCAUGAUAUCAAAAUAGUGAACAGGGAUCCUCGGCUUAAUAGGAUGGGUCAACAUUCUUCUCAUACUAAAGAUCAGUCUCACAGGAAAGAAUUUUCACCAAGUGUGACCAGUCAGUCUGAGACCAAGGGAAACAAAACAGCACAGGCUGAAAAACAGAACUCAACAAAGCCAGAAAAAUCAAAAGCAAGUGAAAAAACACAGAAGAAAGAACUUGAACAGUCUAAAGCAAAAUCUAAAUCACCAUCCCCUUUAAAAAAUAAGCUGCCCGAUACUAAAGACAGUAAAAGCCAGGAAUGUGAAAGCACUAAGGUUUCUGACAUCAGCAAGCGGGAUCCAAGACUGAAAAGACAUCUUCAAGAUAAGUCAGAGGGGAAGGAAGAGGACGUCAAAGAAAAGAGGAGAAGUACAGAGAAGAAGGAAAAAGAGGAGCAUAAGACAUGCGAACAUAGACCGGUGGGGAGCAGAAAUAAAGUGAUAAAUGGUGCUGUUCAGAAACAAGAUGUGAUUACGGAGGAGUCAGAAAAACAGGGUGGGAAACAAGGAAGAUCAAGUAGUAGAAAACGGUCACGGUCACGCUCUCCUAAGGCAAGAUCACCAUCUACGCAUUCUCCAAAAAGACGGGAGAGGAGAUCACCUAAAAGAAGACUUCGGAGUUUAUCUCCUACUUCAUCGACUCCUAAAAUUGGAAAGAUACGUCAGAUAGGCCCUAAGCAGUCUCAUGUUGAAGAAGGCACACAAGCAGCAAGAGAUGAAAGAAAUUCUAAUAAGAGAAAUGUUAAACAAGAGGUGCGUGAUCCAAGGAGAUUGAAAAAAGCCCAAGAAGAACGCCCCCAAGAGACAGCCACCCAACAUUCUGCAAAAGCUUCUCCAGAUCCAAAGGAGAAUGCAGAAAACUGGCAGGGAUCCAAAUCAGGCAAGAGGUGGAAAUCUGGUUGGGAAGAAAGUAAAAACUCACAGCAGAAUGAUGAACACCAAGCAGUUGUUAAAUCCCCUCAUCAAAGACAUCGGGAAAACUGGCCUGCUGGUAAAGGAAUUCUAUCACCCCGAGCACCAAAGCAGCAACACCGGUUAAGUGUGGAUGCCAAUUUACAGAUUCCCAAAGAAUUGACAUCUGCAAGUAAAAGAGAAUUACUUAAGAAGGCUAAUGACCGCUUAACAUCUGGAGAAAUAACACAAGAUGAGUUUCUCAUGGUAGCUCAUCAGAUCCGACAGCUGUUCCAGUAUCAGGAAGGAAAGCACAGGUGUAAUGUCUGGGAUAGCCCUACAGAGGAAAAAUGUGGUUUAAAAAAGAAACCUCUUCUAUCGGAUGCAGAAUUAACGUAUUAUGAACAUAAAGCUAAACUAAAAAGGACACAAGUUCAGCAUUCAUUGUCAAGGCUUGAUCUGUUGGAUCCUGAUGAUAUUUUGGAUUAUCAUAUACCUGAUGCAUUGCUUUCUGGAAUAGAAUGUGAGCAGGCAAAAGCCAAGCGGGGAGUACAGUUUGAUAGAAAAGAACCAUUUGCAGAAAGAUCAAGGAGACACUCUCCUGUAAGUGGCACUACAAGACCUUUUGCUGAAAACCUGUCGCCACUUGAGAGUCGAAGAAGACUUGAAGACCAGCGUGCUACUAAAGGAGCAAGAGGUUCUGAUCCUUAUGACAGCUGGGGAGAAUCGGAUGAAUUUAGAGAUGCUCUCAGACAACAGGGGAAAAGUACAGCAGAGUUCCAGAAAACAGAUGGAGAUGCACUCUGUAGGUUUGAUAAUCGUGAAGAAAGACAGCUUCUUGGGCAAGCUGGUGGUCGAGAGGAGCCAAGGUCACCAUUCACUGAACGUUUCAAAAGAGCUAGGUAUGAAGAUCCAGAGAAAGCACCGUUUCCAGAAAGUCCAGGAUCAAGAUUUGGAGGUAUUGAAGCAAAGCAGAGGAUAAGUGCACUGAUGGAAGACAGACCUCUGUUUGAUGGCUCACCUAGACCGACUGCUGCAAGGGUUGGGGUAGAUGGACAAGGCAGUCCUUUUGUUGAUGGUCCUGCUGGUUCAAGUUCCAGAAUUGAUGGGCCAGCUGGACAGGCUGCUUUGAGAUUUGAGGGGCCUUUGGUGGGGACAGGUGCAUCUCAGUUUGAUGGACCACUGGCAGGAGCAGGGGGAGCUGGAGCCCUAAGAUUUGAUGGGCCACCGGGGCAGCUGGCAGGGUCCCUGAGAUUUGAAGGACCCCCAGGCCAGGUUGGUGGAGGAGGUCCACUGCGGUUUGAGGGACCUCUUGGGCCUUUGAGGUUUGAGGGGCCUGCAGGGCAGCCUGUGGGUGGUGCUAGAUUUGAAGGUCCUGGAGUUGGUCUCAGGUUUGAGGGUCCUCAUGGUCAGCCUUCAGGUGGUCUCAGGUUUGAGGGACCUCAUGGUCAACCUAUGGGGCCUCGGGGUCAACCAGGGGGUGGUCUCAGGUUUGAGGGACCCCAUGGUCAGCCCUUGGGGCCUCAUGGUCAACCAGGGGGUAGCCUCAGGUUUGAGGGGCCACAUUUGCAGCCAUUGGGGCCCCAUGGACAACUUGGAGGUGGCCUCAGAUUUGAGGGGCCACAUGGUCAGCCCAUGGGGCCACAUGGGCCAUCAGGUGGUGGGCUCAGGUUUGAGGGGCCACAUGGACCGUCGGGUGGUGGGCUGAGACUGGAAGGACCACGUGGUCAGCCGGGUCUAGGCCCUAGGUUGAUUGAUGGACCAGUACACCAGGGAGCUGGUGGACUUAGAUUUGAUGGUCCUCUUGGUCGGGCUGGUCCAAGAUUUGAUGGCUGCCAUGGAGCUGGAUUUGAUGGUCAGCCUGGACAGCUGUCUCUCCUGCAAAGAUUUGAUGGAAUUCAUGGACAGCCUGGUCCAAGGUUGGCACCUGGCCAACAGGCACAAGCAAGAUUUGAAACAGCCAUACCUCAAAGAUUUGAUGGACCUCACCAGCCAGCCUCUAGGUUCGACUUGCCCCUUGGCCUUCAGGGUGCACGGUUUGAAAAUGUAGCUAACCAUCCUGCCUCAAGACUAGAAAUGUCACCAUAUGGACAAGGUGGUCCGUUUGUUGAACAUCCUGGCCAGGGCUACAAUGGACCAGCUCAUGGAAUGCAGUUCCAGAGACCUGAUAUAUUUGAUGGUUCGCCUGGACCAAAUUUCAAUGGGCCAGCUGGCCCAGGAGCACAGAACUUCCCACUGAGAGCAGCUGGACAUUACUUUGAAGAAAAAGGUCUCCAGGGUCCUCAGUAUGGAAAUUUCAGUAAUAUGCCAAUGGGAAGUAAUCAGGUUUCUCUCAUGUCUGCUCAACCAGGACCUUAUGGCCAAGGUCAGCAGUAUUUGCCAAAUCCUGGAAGUUUUGUCCAGAACCCUGCAGGAGCCCUUUCCCAUUCAUAUCCUGAUAACCACCUUGGACAGGUUGAUGUGAAUGAAUUGUUUGCUAAACUGCUGAAAACAGGGAUCCUCAAAUUGUCUAAAACUGAUUCAACUUCAGCGCAAGCGAAUGAAACAUCGGCUCAGCCGACUGCUGAAGAAGAAGAUGAUGAUCAGAAUGAAGAUCAAAAUGUUCCAGACCUCACUAACUUCAUAGUCGAAGAACUUAGACAGCGUUAUGAUAGUGUUAUAAAUCGACUGUACACUGGAAUUCAGUGUUACUCCUGUGGAAUGAGAUUCACUACUUCACAGACAGAUGUUUAUGCAGAUCAUUUAGAUUGGCAUUAUCGCCAGAACCGGACAGAAAAAGAUGUUAGCAGAAAAAUAACACACAGGAGAUGGUACUACAGUUUAACAGACUGGAUUGAAUUCGAAGAAAUAGCAGAUCUAGAGGAGCGUGCUAAAAGCCAGUUCUUUGAAAAAGCUCAUGAAGAGGUUGUGUUGAAGACACAGGAAGCUGCGAAAGAGAAGGAGUUUCAGAGUGUCCCAGCUGGACCAGCUGGAGCAGUGGAGAGCUGUGAAAUUUGCCAAGAACAAUUUGAACAGUAUUGGGAUGAGGAAGAGGAAGAGUGGCACCUGAAGAAUGCUAUCAGGGUAGAUGAAAAGAUUUACCAUCCAUCUUGUUAUGAAGAUUACCAGAAUACAUCAUCAUUUGAUUGCACACCGUCUCCCAGCAAGACUCCUUCAGAAAAUCCACUGAAUAUAAUGUUGGACAUUGUUAAACAAGAAACAGAAGAGUCCUGUGACUCACCUAAAAUCAAAGAAGAACCUGAUGACACCCCUCCUGCCUGUGCGGAAGAGAGCACACCUGCAUCUACAGAAAUCAAAACAGAACCUGAGGAGUCUGUUUAAAUGAACUGCGGUAUGAUUUUUUUUUUUUUUUUUUUUUUUUUUUACAGAAGAGCUGCUGUGUUAAUUCUGGAAGGCGGAUACUUUUUAUAUGAAUAAAAUGUCCAAUUGAGGCAGGGCCUCAACUACUGUUUGGUUAAUAAAUACAUUUUUGUAUUUGAAAUUUCUUAUUGCCUGCACAGUUUCAGGUGUCAUUGUGUGAAAGUUCUGUAGAUGCGUGAAAAUUUAAUGGUAUAUGUAAAAAUGUAAAAUUUUCACUUGUUGAAAUGUAAAUUAUAAAUAAAAGAUAUUUUUGCUAUGUAUGGAGUGUAAUGUUUAUGCACACCAUCAAAUAAAUACAGUGUUUCUGUACUUUUUUCAGUUUAAAAUUAAUUAAAAUGAAUUUUUGCUUAAUAAGAUUCAGAAAAAUGAAAGCAAGUCUCUUCCUUCAGUUUCCCAUAGGUGGGUUAUCAAGGGAAGGUGCUUCUCAGACAGGCCUAGAUUCCUUGUCUUUUUAAAGUUAUUUGAACAACCUUACAUACCCAGAUGUUUAAAAAACCAAUUACAAUAACAAAAGAAUAAAUCCACAGAAAAACUCACAAAAAAAUUCUCGGUAGAAGGGGAAAAUUUAACAAACCAACUGGAGUGCUUGAUUGUGGUGAACACAAGUGCCAACAAAAAAAAAUUAACAAACCAGGAUGCCUGGUAGUUAAGACAUUUUUAAUGAUACUUUUCCAUUAGUCAAACAAAUUUAAUAAAGCUGAAUUUUCUUCACGUUACAGGGGGGAAUGAAUGUAAGAAUGCUCAUUUGAAACAUGGUUAACAUUUUCUUUUUUGUUGCUUAUGACUGGACUUAGAUGGUAAACCAGAUAUCCUGAGAUGUUAAUAUUUCUUAAAUGUUAUAAAUAAAAUGAAGCAUAUA